UCCAUGCAUUCUAGGCCAACUUCACUGCUUCGCUCCACCCUGAGCCUUGUGGAAAGGUAAUUUGACUACAGUUUUGCAUAGUGAGGUACCCUUGGCUGAUUCACCUGGGACUAGCCACAGGGAGCUGCUCUUCAGAUGAAAGCAUCCCACAGCAUGACAACCAGCACUGAGGCUGCCAUGAAGCUUUCCCAAGCUACUGUCGGAGUCCUGGUUGGGAACAUCAGCUGUGGAGUGCCGCCUGAGCAUUAAGUUGUUAGCACACUUUGUUCUUAGUUUGGCUCUAGAAGAAAACCCUAAGAAGGACCCCCCACUCCAAAAAUGAGUCAAGACAAGGGGCUGGACAUGAACAGUGUUCAAGCAGGAGCCCCUGAAGAACCAGUCAUGAAACUAAACCAUCAAGGGCUAGCAAAGGAAAUUGACACCAAUGAAAAUCCAUUACAGGUUCUAUCCAAAAAUGAGGCUCUUCUGGUCCCAGGGUUCUUGGACACAGAGUGGGCCAAAGAGAAGGCCAUUGUUCCCAUGGUCAGCAACACACUCCAUAUGUCCACAGAGGAGUCUGAGAUCUCACAACAGGUUAGUGACACCCCAGAAAAUACCGUCCAUUCUAAACAUGGAAAUAGUUCCAAGUCUUCAGCAAAAACAACACAGCUGAAACAGGGCAACACCUCAAAGCCCUCGGUCAAAGCUGAUAAUCCAAAACAGAAAAACAUUUCUAAGACGUCAGGCCACCAUGCACAGACAAAGCAUAACAACGUACCCAAGUCCUUGGCAAAAACUACCCAUCCCAAACAAGAGACCACCCACAAUCCUGCAGCAAACAACAUCUAUCCCAAGUCAUCCGAGGACACCAUCCAAUCCAAGGAAGGUGACAUCCCCAAGUCCUUAGAAGACACCAUCCUGUCCAACAAGAAUGACAUCCCCAAAUCCUCACAGGACACCAUCCUGUCCAAAGAUGCUAAAAUCCACAAUCCCUUAAAAGAUAGCAUCCAUUCCAAGGAAAGUCACAUCUCCAAGUUCUCACAGGAUACCAUCCUGUCCAAAGAUAGUAAAAUCCACAGGCCCUUAAAAGACAGCAUCCAGUCCAAGGAGAGUGACAUCCCCAAAUCCUCACAGGACACCAUCCUGUCCAAAGAUAGUAAAAUCCACCAGCCCUUAAAAUACACCAUCCAGUCCAAGGAGAGUGACAUCCCCAAGUCCUCACAGGACACCAUCCUGUCCAAAGAUAGUAAAAUCCACCAGCCCUUAAAAUACACCAUCCAGUCCAAGGAGAGUGACAUCCCCAAGUCCUCACAGGACACCAUCCUGUCCAAAGAUAGUAAAAUCCACCAGCCCUUAAAAUACACCAUCCAGUCCAAGGAGAGUGACACCCCCAAGUCCUCACAGGACACCAUCCUGUCCAAAGAUAGUAAAAUCCACAAGCCCUUAAAAGUCCAGUCCAAGGAGAGUGACAUCCCCAAGUCCUCACAGGACACCAUCCUGUCCAAAGAUGUUAAAAUCCACAAGCCCUUAAAAGUCCAGUCCAAGGAGAGUGACAUCCCCAAGUCCUCACAGGACACCAUCCUGUCCAAAGAUGUUAAAAUCCACAAGCCCUUAAAAGUCCAGUCCAAGGAGAGUGACAUCCCCAAGUCCUCACAGGACACCAUCCUGUCCAAAGAUGUUAAAAUCCACAAGCCCUUAAAAGUCCAGUCCAAGGAGGGAGAAAUCACUAAGUCCCCAGAAGACACCAUCCAGUCCCAGGAAGGUGAUAUUAUCAAGUCCCCAGAAGAUGAAGAGCUACCCAAGGAAAGCAAAAUCUCACACUUGGAAGAACUGGAGUCUCUAGAGAAAGACUUUGUGAGAGUGGUCAUAGACAAGGAGGAAUUUGAGGAGGCGCUUAAAGAGGCUGGGGAGAAACUGGUGGCUGUGGACUUCUCUGCCUCGUGGUGUGGGCCUUGCAGAACCAUGCGGCCGUAUUUCCAUUCUCUAUCUGUGAAACAUGAGGACGUGGUGUUCCUGGAAGUGGACGCUGAUGACUGUGAACAGCUGGUGCAGGACCGUGAUGUUUUUUGCCUCCCAACUUUCCAGUUUUAUAAAAAGGAAGAGAAGGUGGGUGAAUUUUCUGGUGCCCUUGUGGAAAAACUGGAAGCAAGCAUUGAAGAAUUAAAGUAAUCAUAUAUUCUGAACA